AGGGAGGGAGGGAUGGCGAGAUGGCGAAAGAGGGAGGGAGGCAUGCUAUGGAAGAUGAGGGGGUGCCGGAGGAGGAGAGAAGUACAAGAAGUAACAGAAGAAGAAGAUGAGGAGAGUAGGGGGAAGGAGGAAUUUUUUUUUUUUUUUUAACCUGCCGCGUCUAAGGCGACCUACCAAACGAUGGACAAGAUGGCGGCGGCGGCAGGGCGGUAUGGUGUGGUAGCGGGGUAUGGCGGCGGGCUGUGGCGGCGGUCCUACAAGAAGAAGAAGACGAAGAAGAAGAAGAAGAAGAAGAAGAAGAAGAAGAAGAAGAAGAAGAAGAAGAAGANGAAGAAGAAGAAGAAGAAGAAGAAGAUGGCGGCGGCGGCAGGGCGGUAUGGUAUGGUGGCGGGGUAUGGCGGCGGGCUGUGGCGGCGGUCCUACAAGAAGAAGAAGAAGAAGAAGAUGACGAGCGGAGCAAAGGCACAUCUUAAGUUUCCGGGAUGCUUUCUCCUUUGGCUCUAUGGCUGUGGUCUUGGAACUUUCUUUGCUGCGUACGCCCAUUUUUAUGGUUCAACAAAGGCAUUCUGGGCCCUUGUGAUAGCUCAGGGACUUAUGGUGGCAUUCUUCUCCUGGGUGAUUUUUGAGACGACGGAGGCAAAUUUUACGGUGAGCCUGGUUGUUGGAUCUCUCUUGGGGCUUUGCACGGCCAUUUGCUUGCAUCGUGUAAUGAAGGUACUGCGUGUGUACUAUGUGGACGACGGUACCUUUGAACGAACCGACAACCACUCAUGGCGAAUGACAGGCAGGCUGUCACCAUUUGGAUCCUUCAGCAACCGAAGACAAUCCUUGUCUCCGUACGCAGUUCUAACUUCUAAUGCAAUGAACUGGGUGUACUUCUGUUCCAUCAGCCCGGAAAGGCAGCUAUCGGAGUACUAAACCAGUUUAUGAUUAAAAAAAAAAAAAAAAAACCGGUUUAUGGAUUUGGUUAGUCAGUGACAUCUAGGAUAUGGUGAGACAAAGCUCAGCAUCAAUAGU